AUGCAAAAGAAGAAGAAGAGGAAACUUUCAAAGCAUAAGGAACUUGAAAGGGCAAAGAAGUUGGAGGAAGAGAAGACUGAUCCUGAGGAAGGUGAGGCUGCUGCAAAGAAGCAAUUGUGGAAAGCAGCAAUGGAUAGAGCUUCGGGGAUUAAGGUCCAUGAUGAUCCCAAGCUAUUAGAGAAAAGCAUUCGUAAAGAGAAGAAAAAGCAACAGAAGAAUACAGAGAAAUGGAAAGAGAGAAUUCAAACACAGGACCAGUUGAAGGCAGAGAAGCAGCAAAAGCGAUCAGAUAAUAUUUCUGAGAGGAUUCAUCAUCAGAAGAUGCGUAAAAUUGCAAAGCGAGAGAAAAAGCUUUUGCGGCCUAGCUUUGAAGGUCGCAAGGAAGGGUUUAUCACCGAAGGCACAAAAUCCUUUGGUUUUGAUAGUGGGAAGCAAAAUGAAGAUCAGCAUGUGGAUGCAGCUGAAAUGUUUGGUGGAAAAGUGAGGGAACUAGAGCACAUAGUAUAUGGUUUAGAAUUGCAAGUUAAGAGAUAUACACAUAUGCAUAGUGGUGGGUUGAACCCAGGAGUAGGGAUAAACUUGAAUAGCCUUGAAGCAAUCCCAAAGCUUGCUGCAUUCAUUGUCUCAAUAGAAAUGCCACUUGUUCUUUGUCGUUGUACAACAUUGGUGGUUGCAUUCUUGGGAUGCAUAUGUUGUGGUGGUGGAACACAAGGCUUGAUCCCUAUUGUUGGUGGAGCAUAUGUGGGAGGCAUUGGAGGUGUGGGAGGCAUUGGGGCCUAA